AUGGAGAAAGAACCGCCACAGGAUGACAAGCAGCUCAAUGACAUCCCCGAAAGUCUGGACUGGCUUCUGAGCACAGACGACGAGAUCAUUCCUAUGGACACAAACAUUCCAAUGAAUAGUGACACCACUGACACUGUUGGUACGUCAGCAUUCACCAGGAAGCGGCUCUUUGAAGCAGCAUCCCAGGGAAACACAACUAAGCUUGAUGGUCUGCUCAACUACCUGUUGGUUAAUAAUAGACGACUUACGAGCCCAGAAUUCACAGACUGCGGGAAAACAGUGCUCCUCAAAGCUUUGCUGAAUCUGAAAGAUGGAAGAAACGACACCAUUGACGUUUUCCUCGACAUCGCAGAGAAAACUGGAGAUUUAAAAAACUUAAUCAAUGCGCCUUACAAAGAUGUUUGCUACAAAGGUCAGACAGCGCUGCAUGUCGCCAUUGAAAGACGGAGCUUCUAUCAUGUGAAGCUGCUGGUGCAGAAAGGAGCUGAUGUGCAAGCCAAAGCCAGUGGAACUUUCUUCCGGCAUGGUGUGGGACUGGGCUUUUAUUUUGGAGAACUUCCACUGCCGCUGGCUGCCUGCACCAACCAGUCCAACAUUGUGUCCUUCCUCAUGGAAAACCCGUAUAGAAGAGCAGAAUUGACUGACAAGGACUCACAAGGAAACACUGUCUUGCACACUUUGGUGGUCAUAGCAGACGACUCACCGGAAAACACAGAAAUGUUUGUGACGAUGUACGACAAGAUUCUCAUUCAGUACACCAAGCUUGAGCAAACAAGAAAGGUCAAUCUGGAAGAGAUUAAAAAUGACCAGGGCUUGACUCCUCUGAAGUUAGCAGCCAAACUGGGGAAGAUUGGGCUCUUCAGGCACAUUUUGCAACGAGAAUUUGUGGAUGAGGAGAUGAUGCCGCUGUGCAGGAAGAUCACAGAAUGGGUCUAUGGACCCGUUCACUCCUCACUUUAUGACACAAGCUCCAUUGACACCAAAGAAGACAACUCUGUGUUGGACAUAAUCGUCUUUGGGAGCGAAAGUCCGAAUCGACCAGAGAUGCUCCAGAUCGAGCCUCUUAAAAGUCUUCUCACGGACAAAUGGGACAGGUUUGCUUCCAAGUUAUUCUGGAUGAAUUUCGUGGUGUAUCUGGUUUACCUGGUCAUCUUCACCACUGUGGCCUGCUACAGAAAGGACGGGGAGCCACCGUUUCCCAUUGAAAACGUCACGGUUGACUCCCUCCGCCUCAUCGGCGAGUUCAUCACUGUCUUAGGAGCAGUGUGGUUUCUCUACAAAUCGAUAACUAUUUUUAUAUGGAACCCACCAAGCUUCACGUCUCUGUACACUGAUGGAGUCUGUGACAUUCUGUUUUUCCUGCAGGCAACACUUCUCCUGAUUUGCACAAUCUUAUACGUCACUGGACGGAGAGAAUAUGUUGGACUCCUCGUGUUGUCUCUGGCCCUUGCCUGGAUCAACGUCCUUUACUAUUCGAGAGGCUCUAAACAUAUGGGGAUAUACGCUGUCAUGAUGCAAAGAAUGAUCCUGAGUGACCUGUUGACCUUUUUAUGUGUCUAUUCGGUCUUGCUUGUUGGAUUCUCAGCAGCUCUGGUUUCUCUGAUGGACGACUCCGCUGCAGCUCAAGAUCAAACACCAAACAAUGACUCACUGCCACAGGGAAGGAGCUUUGAUGUCGAGCCAUUCGUAUGUGAGAAGCCGACUUACGAUGACCUACGUUUCACAGUACUGGAGCUCUUCAAGUUCACGAUUGGAAUGGGAAAUCUGGAGUUCAUCAACCAUGUGCAGUAUAAGGAGGUUUUCUACAUCCUGCUCAUCACGUACAUCGUUCUCACUUACAUCCUGCUCCUCAAUAUGCUCAUCGCCCUGAUGGGCAACACAGUCGAAAGACUCUCCAAGGAAAAUAUAAACAUCUGGAACAUGCAGAGCACACAGCGUUGA